AUUUUUUAUUUUUGAUAAUUAAGAUUCCGUCAAUGUCCAAAAAACUUUAUAGCACUGGAGUAAAAUUAAACGAUGUCGUUAUAAUCAGUGCUGCGAGAACUCCCAUUGGAUCUUUCCUUGGUUCUCUAUCGUCUAUGUCCGCAACUAAACUUGGAGCUAUAGCAAUUCAGGCCGCGAUAGAAAGGGCAUGUAUUGGUAAAGAAGAGGUGAAAGAAGUUUUUAUGGGAAAUGUUUGCCAGGCAAAUGUUGGACAAGCACCAGCUAGACAGUCGGCUUUAUUUGCAGGUCUUCCUAAAUCCACCAUUUGCACGACUAUAAAUAAAGUUUGCGCAAGCGGAAUGAAAAGCGUCAUGUUAGGUGCUCAAGCAUUACAAUGUGGAUCUCAGGAAAUUAUUUUAGCAGGUGGUAUGGAAUCAAUGUCAAAUGUUCCAUUUUACUUAAAGAGAGGAGAAACAAAAUAUGGUGGUAUGAGACUCGAGGAUGGUAUUGUAUUCGAUGGAUUAACGGAUGUUUCUAAUAAAUUUCAUAUGGGUAACUGUGCUGAAAAUACUGCCAAAAAAAUUGGAAUAACACGCGAACAGCAAGACGAAUAUGCGAUUAAUAGUUAUAAACGAAGUGCUGCAGCGUAUGAAAACGAUUCGUUUAAAGAUGAAUUAGUGCCUGUUAAUAUUCCACAAAAAAAGGGCAAAGCAGAUAUAAUUUUUAGCGCGGAUGAAGAAUUUAAAAGAGUGAAUUUUGAAAAAUUUAGUAAACUGGCAACAGUUUUUCAGAAAGAAUAUGGUACAGUUACUGCAGGUAAUGCAUCGACUUUAAACGAUGGAGCAGCGGCUCUUAUACUAACUACUACUCAAACUGCAGAAAAGUUGAAUCUGAAACCAUUGGCAAGAAUCAUUGGUUUUCAAGAUGCCGCAACAGAUCCAAUUGAUUUUCCAAUUGCACCAGCAUUAGCUAUUCCAAAUUUAUUAAAAAAUGCUGGAAUAAGUAAAAAUGAUAUUUCACUUUGGGAAAUUAAUGAAGCGUUCAGUGUUGUUGUCGUUGCUAAUCAAAAAUUACUAGAUAUAGACCCAACGAAAGUAAAUAUUCAUGGUGGCGCUGUUUCAUUAGGACAUCCUAUUGGAAUGUCGGGAGCACGAAUUAUUGUACAUUUAGUGCAUGCACUGAAGACAAAUGAGAAAGGUGUAGCAUCGAUUUGUAACGGAGGUGGUGGUGCAUCAUCAAUUUUAAUUGAAAAACUAUAAGAUGGUUUCACAUUAAUUAUUGAAGUGCUCGAUUAAACUGAAAAUGUACUAGAAUAUUCAAAGUGCAGUUACUUGUAACAGUAACUUUUAAUGUAAUUAAUCAUGUUUAAUGUUAUGUUUAUG